GUUCGCAGGGUGAAAGAUUGCACGGGAGCAUGGUUCGACACCGACCCACACGGGAGAUGCUGCACCAAGUCGGAACUGAUCUCUUUAUUCUUCGGCCAGGCCAGUCCGAGACGUCGACAGAACUCGUCCAAGAGCAUUUCACGCCAACCAGACGGCGAUGGCGAGGGCAACGGCAGCUUGACGAUUCUCCCCAAGCCGACGAGAAGGCAGACGGUGCGGCGUGCCUCACAGAGCCGGCUACCCCUCCUCCGCGACCGUCGCCGGGAUUGUCGGCUUGGGCAAUUAAUGUGACGGGGAGCUUGCAGCUGGUGUAACUCACGGCUCCGUCUCCCAAACCAGCGGCUGGCGAGUGAGGACCGGCGAGUCGAGGUGAAUGCCAUGGCCUCGAGCAAGCUCCCUUCGGUUGCGACGAGCAAACGGUGGUGAGGGCGCCGAUGUGCUCCGAUGCUCCGACUUGGGAAGGCGCUCUCACAGAAUCACACCUCACACAAGAAACCACGCACGGCCCCUCUGGACGAACGACCUCUCGUCGAAUUGGAGCGCGCGGCCACCCUCCUUCACGCCCAGACAGCCCGGUUGUUAUCAGCAGGCUCUCGGCGACUUGGUUCUCAAUGGUUGGUCGGCUGCAGGUGAGAGGGAUCCCUGUCGUCCCAGCCACCCCUCAUGGCUUGCGAGCUUGCAAAACACACCAAUGGCCUGGCCGCUUGGGCGUCCCACGCGUCCUCGACGACGGAUUGAGGCGUCCACACAGCCCGUCCACUUCGGGCUUAGAGCGGUUCGCCCUGCUCCUCAGCUUUACUCAGCUGGUUCGCCUUGUCCUCUUCGUCCGAACAUGUGGUGGCCGUGCCCCUCAGUCGUUAACUUGGAGGCCAAGCAGCUAAGACUUACACGGUAUUUGGCUUUCUCAUAUUGUGUGAUCCAGCAGGACCCAGACCUCAUGUGGCUUCCCCAUCCUUCCCCAUCCGGAGAGCCAUUGUCCCUUCGAGCCUGUGGCGUCUUUGCGGUAGUGAAGGCGUCCGUGCCAAGUGGUACCGGGGAAAGCGCAUGCCAUCCCGAUCCUAACUAUCCUCCACCCUCCAUCCGCACCCCUGGCGUUUAGGGGACGGCACCUCCGAAAUUCCCUUGGUGACCUUUUACACUUGGGGUGGGCUCUGAAAGGGACAGACGAUAGAUAUAAGG